AUGUUAAGUCCAGGAGAAGAAUUUUAUGAAGCUUCCCCCUACGAGCCGGUCACCUCUCGUCUCUCUGAUAUAUUCAGACUCGCUUCAAUUUUCUCAGGGAUGGACCCCAGCCCGCCUCCCGUCCAGAGCAACCAUCUGGAACGCGGCCAAGGCCUGCAACUGAACGACAACUGCAAGCGCCUGCCGCUCGGGUACAUCUCCGACGUGCAGCCCGCGGAGCUGGCGGGCCCGAGCCUGCAGCGCCGCCAAGUGAACACAAGGCCCUGCGCCAAGUUCUCAGACCGCGUGCCCGGCGAGUUCACCUUCCGCCUGCUCUUCUGCUCCUGCAAGGACCGCGCCUGCGCCGAGCGCCGCCGCCAGACCAUCGUCCCCUCCUGCUCCUACGAGGACAAGGAGAAGCCCAACUGCCUGGACCUGCGGGGCACCUGCCGGGCGGAUCACCUGUGCAGGUCCCGUCUGGCCGAUUUCCACACCAACUGCCAGGCCACCUUCCAGUCCCUGACCAGCUGCCCCGGGGACAACUACCAGGCGUGCCUGGGCUCCUACGCGGGGCUCAUCGGCUUCGACAUGACCCCCAACUACGUCGACGCCAGCACCACCAGCAUCACCAUCUCGCCCUGGUGCUCCUGCAAGGGCAGCGGGAACAUGGAGGAGGAGUGCGAGAGGUUCCUCCGGGACUUCACGGAAAACCCCUGUCUCCGUAAGAUCGGGGCGGAACACAUGGUGCGCGCUUUGUGCUCCGAUCGCCGCCCGCCUGCCAUCAAACCGAUCCCGAUGAAUGACAAUGAAGGAGCGGGGACAAUGGCCCGCGGUGAAUGGGAGCCUUGUCGUGGGGCCCCGAGCCACAAUUGA